UGCUUCAACCAACCCCAUGGCCGCCGCUGACGAAAAGGUCGUUGUCGGAUACAAUGAGAAGAGCGAUGUCGAGAGCUCCGGAAUUUCCACGUCGCCUGCCAUCGACUACGAUGACCUCCCGGAUCCCGACGUUGGCAAGUCCGACGAGGAGAGGGCCAAAUUAGAUAGAGCCCUCGUCUGGAAGAUGGAUCUGUGGUUGAUCCCCUGGCUGUCCCUCCUCUAUCUUCUUUCCUUCCUCGACCGCACCAACAUCGGCAAUGCCCGUGUCGCCCACAUGGAAAAGGACAUCCGCAUGACGGGCGCACGUGACUACAACAAUGCCCUGACCAUCUUCUUCAUCUCCUACGCUGGUGCCGAGCCCGUCACCAAUGUCAUUCUCAAGAAAUACAGCCCUCGCGUCUUCUUCACCACCAUCAUCCUGCUCUGGGGCGCCAUCAUGACCCUCAUGGGCUGCGUCCAGAACCAGGCCGGUCUGUUGGCCUGCCGUUGGUUCCUCGGUCUGGCCGAAGCGGGCUUGUUCCCCGGCGUCAACUACUAUCUUUCUUGCUGGUAUAAGCGGUCCGAGCUGGGAAUGCGAGCUGCCCUCUUCUUCUCCGCCGCUGCCCUUGCCGGCUCUUUUGGUGGUCUCCUGGCCGCCGCCAUCACCCAGAUGCACGGUGUCGGCGGCUAUGAGGGCUGGCGAUGGAUUUUCAUCAUCGAGGGUCUCAUGACCGUCUUCGUCGGAAUCUUCUGCUGGUGGAUGGUCAACGACUUCCCCGACACGGCGCGCUUCCUGACUGCCGACGAGAAGCUGCGGGCCCUGCGCCGCCUGCGCGCCGAUAACCAGGCGCGUGCAGAGACCGAGAAGCUCAGCCGCAAGUACGUCUUUGCCGCCUUGAAGGAUUGGAAGACCUGGGGCUACGCCGUCAUCUACAUGGGCUGCCUUUGCCCCUUGUAUAGUUUCUCCCUCUUCUUGCCCACCAUUCUCCUCGGUAUGGGUUACAAGGGAACCAAGGCUCAGCUCAUGUCGGUGCCUCCCUAUGCCGCUGCCGCUACCCUGACCGUCUUCAUUGGCUGGCUCGCCGAUCGCACCAGAUGGCGCGGUUACUGCAACAUGGCCGUGGCUGCCACUGGCUGCGUCGGUUUUGCAAUGCUCCUCGGAAGCGGCAAUGUGCACGUCCAAUACGCCGGAACCUUCCUGGGCGCCAUGGGCAUCUACCCGAGCGUGUCCAAUUCCCUCACGUGGGCCUCCAACAACGUAGAAGGAGUCUACAAGCGCGGCGUCAUGGUCGGAGUCGUCGUUGGCUGGGGCAACAUGAACGGCAUCGUCUCGUCCAACAUCUACAACAAGCCCGACGCUCCCCGCUACAUGACGGGCCACGCCAUUGUCCUGGCCUUCCUGGCCGUCUGCCUCUUGGGCGGCAGCAUCUUCAUGCAUUUCGCCUUGAAGCGCGAGAACAGGCUGCGCAAGGCGGGGAAGCGCGAUCACUGGCUCGAGGGGAAGAACGAGGAGGAGAUUCGCAUGCUGGGCGAUUGCCGCCCGGACUUCAUUUACAUUACGUGAGCAUCGAGUGGUUUAUUGUUGUUGGCAAGCUAUGGGGUGUUUUCUGUUUUUCCUCAAGCGAGGGCCUGCAUUCUCGUUAACGACCACGUGUGUAUGAAGGGGUAUGCGUAGAGAUAGACUUUUUGAUCUUGCACCAAAGGCGCAGUAAUGCUCAGGGAUUUAACGAACGACUCCAAUAGAAAGUCAUGAAGCUUUUUGCCGGAUUGGAAUACAACAGAGCCUUUUCUGGUGAAGAAGAGGGAAAAUAAAAAUCGGAUCCACGAUUUUUCUAUCAUCGGGUGCAAUCGUCUUUCUCCUCGGGUGGUGACUCCCUACUGCCGAUGCUCAGCGCUCACUUCCCUUCAAGAUCCGCUUGUCCGAGAAGUCGCAUGUAGCCUGGUAUCCCGGAAGCUUGGACUCGGGCUAAUAAGCGCGUGCGAGGGACCCACUACUCUGUACUGCGGGUUUCCACGUCCGACUGAACACCGCCUUGUACUGCUGCUCUGAGU